GGGGAUGCGGGGCUUGUUCACAUAAUAGCCGGCGGGUGAAGGCGUGGUGAGUGUGGCUGAAUACGAGGCGAGUGUGUGCGCUACAGUGUAGCACCGGAGGAUGAACACGGACACCGGCUGCACGGCGGCUCCCCUCCCUGGCAAAAGCAGUCGGGGAGACAGCUGAACGUCGGGGUGAUCAAUAUGCAGGGGAAGCCCUACCUUAUCAAUACUUAGAGCGGGAUAUAAGGAGCGCAAAGAUGACUGAGGGCAGACUGUGCCAAGUGCAGCUGCUGGAUGACAGGAAGCUAGAGCUGCUGGUUCAGCCUAAGCUGCUGUCGUACGAACUCCUUGACUUGGUGUCCUCCCACUUCAACCUCAAAGAGAAGGAAUUCUUUGGACUUGCAUUUUUCGAUGACAAUGGUCAGCGUAAGUGGUUGCAGAUGGACCGCAGAGUUCUUGAACAUGACUUUUCGAAGAAGCCCGGGUCCAUUGCCCUCAACUUCCUGGUCAGGUUUUAUGUAGAAAACAUAACGCAGCUUAAGGACAUCAUAACGGUGGAGUUAUUCUUCCUGAAUGCGAAAUCUGCUGUCUACAAUGGGAUUAUCGAAGUGGAGAGUGAAAACGUCUUCAAAUUAGCUGCAAAUGCUUUGCAGGAGGCUAAGGGAGACUACACAAGUGAUGAAAACACUAGAGCUGACUUGAAGAAACUACCAACUCUUCCCACCAAAGUACUCAAGGAGCACCCAUCACUGGCAUACUGUGAGGAUCGUGUAAUUGAAUACUAUAAACAGCUGAAAGGGGUCUCCCGAGGACAGGCCAUUGUGCAGUAUUUGACGUUAGUGGAAUCGUUGCCCACGUAUGGCGUGCACUACUAUGAAGUUAAGGAUAAACAAGGGAUCCCAUGGUGGCUUGGAAUCAGCUAUAAGGGCAUCGGCCAGUAUGACCUGCAGGAUAAAUUAAAACCUCGAAAGCUAUACCAGUGGAAGCAGCUAGAAAACUUGUACUUCCGAGAGAAAAAAUUUGCUGUAGAAGUUAAUGAUCCACACAGGAGAGCAGUAACCAAGCGCACCUUUGGGCAGACUGGCCUACUCAUCCACACGUGGUAUGCCAGCCAUUCUCUGAUCAAAACCAUUUGGGUCAUGGCCAUUAGCCAGCACCAGUUCUACUUGGACAGAAAGCAAAGCAAAGCCAAAUUAGGAGCAGCAAGGAGCCUGGAGGAAAUUGCUAUGGAUCUCACUGAGCACGGAGGAGCAAAAAUAAACAGACUGGGAGACACAGGCCUGAAGAAUAACUUCAUAACAGCCAGCAAUGGGAGUCUGGUAUCUACAGGUUCUGCAGACUCUGAAAUGAGUGAGGAACAGAAAAAAGAGAAACUUUCUGAGCUGAGGAAAAAAGAACAAGAGAUCCAAGAUAUUUUGGCCAAGAAAACAAAAGAACUGAAGAAGAUUUGCCUGAGAGAGGCGGAGCUUACUGGCAAGCUGCCAAAAGAGUAUCCUCUCUCUUCAGGUGAAAGACCGCCACAGGUCAGACGGCGAGUUGGCACUGCUUUCAAGUUAGAUGACCUAUUCCCCUACCAUGAGGAUCCUUUCCUGAGGAACCUGGAGAGCAGAUUUGCUCUGCAGCAAAAGAUUGUGGAGGCGGCUAAGAAACUUGCAAAUGAGCCAGAAUUGUGCAAAACAGUCAAGAAGAAGAGGAGAAGAAACUGUUUGGAUGCCAUGCACAAACUGCAGCAGAUAGAGGAUGAGAUGAACCAGUACAGAAUCAAGAAGGGAAAAAAGCCCACACAGCGGGCCUCAGUGAUCAUUGCAGAUGAACUCGUCCGUUCCAACUGUAGCUCCCUGUCUAGUCUCCCACUGGAUGAUGACGACUCAGACAGCGUCAAUCAGAGGCCACGGUCACGGUCGGUCCAAGGUUCCCCUCAGCUUAGCCCAAUGCGAUCACUGGGGGCAGAAUUUGAUUUAGAGAGACAGGGAUCUCCGAGGGAAAAUCACAAUAACAAGAAUCACAGCAGAUUAGCUUUUGAAGGCCAGGAGGCUUCCCACUACUACCAGAAUCCAAGAGAUGUCUCCUCCACCCACAGUAGUCCCUAUAAAACACUUCCCAGACCUCCUAGAGAUCCACGCAGCAUGCCUCCUACCCCGGUUAUGACCCGCAAUGCCUACAGCAGCAGCCAGCUCAGGUCUGAGGGGUCUCCUCAUUGCUUCAGGCAUCGCAGCGGAAGUCUGGAGUCACAACCUCGACUACGAAAAGACACAGACUCAGAGAAGCCAGUGUUUAUUUUGUCACAACCCCACCGCAGCAACAGCACGGAGGUAUUGGAGGACUGCUCCUCCUACACCAGUCAGUCCAGUUUGGACUACUGCGGGGCAGCCAACUCCCACUACAGUACACUGGACUCCCGCACCUCAACCAUGCAUCGCCUCCACAGGAAGGUGGAAGUGUACGGAAAUACCGGCAGCAUGCCCAACUUAGUCCAGCACCAUUCUGGUUGCAGUUAUUCAUGUGAGACCUCAGCACACUAUGCUCCGAGUGCCUACUACGUCGCUGACUACCCCUGCUCAGACAUGGAGCCUUAUGCUAACGGUGCCUAUGUGUUUGAGAAUGAAGUCGAGGGUCACUACAACGUCAAUCCCUCCUACCAAAUGAAUGGGUAUCAUGGACAUGACAGAUUCAGGCAUUACAGCACUGACCGGGCAGAUGGUCUUUCCCAGAAUCCCUAUGCGACAGUGAGGCCACCCCGGAACAGAGAGGGGCCCAGAAAUGAGCUCUUGGCAAAGAACAUGCAGAAGGCCCUGGUGGCGGAGCAUCUGAGAGGCUGGUACCACCGGAGCAGGGGCCACAGGGAGGGAGGGAGGGGGAUGCUGGCUGGAUUUGACUUUGACAGUGGCUCUCAGCUCAGUCUGGGCUACCAGACCAUGCCAGCAGCCUUCAGCCACUCCAGCAGAACCACCUCCUUCUCCUCAGUGUCCUCAGUAGAGAGCACAGGCAACUGGCGUAACCAGCUGGCAGUUGGCCUGACGGAGUAUGACACACCCGACACACCUCAGUACCCUCACCCUGGAGCUCAUGCUUCACCGUACAACCGCAGUCCCACACACAGCAGACUUUCUCCAGAAAACAAAGUGUCUGACACAAUGCCUAAAAAUUCUGAGUCAGUUGAGAUGGUUGGCGCUGAGGCCACUAGUACAGAUGAACCAUCAGACAACCAUUCUAGCACUUAAGGAUUUCACCCAGAUGGAAGCUACAUGAGCAUCCACUGAAGAGGACCAAACCAAAAUUUGGCACAAAUAAAGCCAUGGCCAGCAGCACAUGAAGGUGAUGAAGUUGAAACACAGGCUGUACACAAAUGUUUUGGCCGCCAUAACUCCAUCUUAGGAGAUGCUCUAUCUGUGGUGGAGUCUAGGUGUACGCUGUCCUCAUGUUAAAGUAACCUCUGAACACAGUGAUGACACUCUUGAAUGACUUUCCCAUGUGCCUUGGAUUGGAUGAAUUGUACAGGCAGAUGAGAAUGUGUCAAGAAACUUUUAAGAUGUUGCACAACCGCACUGGAUUAUAACACUACUGUGUAUUAAAGAUGAAAAAGAGGCAACAUGUUUUUAAUCGAACCCAAUUCCAUGUAUUUUAACAGGAACUAGCUACUGCCUUAUACAAAACAGUAGAUGAUAGAAUAAAAUUACUUUCGUUACUUUCAUCUCAGUAAAGUACAUAAAAAUAAUCCUAAAUAUAACAUCAAAUUGAAAACAGCUUGAAAUGUUCACAAAUGUGACAUGAUAAAAAAAAGAUCAUCAUCAUCAUUGAUCAUCAUUAGAGCAGACUCUGUAGUCAACAAAUUUCCAUUUCUUACUUUCCUUAAACUUUAAAUCAGAAUGUAUUAUGUCAAUAUUGUUUAUAGAACCAUUUGUCCUUGUUGGUGCCGUAUUGUGUUUUUAAAUGCAUGAUGAGAACACAGAUUUUUUGAUAAGAACUUCUUUUUAUAUCAACAGAAGACCACUGCCGUAAAAACCAUAUUCAUGUCCCAUUAUUUGUUUUCUCACAUAUUUGUACAGUCAGUGUAGUUACAUGUUGUUUGAUGUUGUCAUAAAAUAUUUUCCACGGGGAACAAGGAUGUGAAUAAAUACAUGUGUGACACAUAAAGGGCUGUUGUCACUUUCUUGAAGCGGCUGGUGUGCGUGGUAAACAACCGGUUCAGGUUCUCUAAUUAAGUGAGUGAGUAAGCCUUUAGGGCAGAGUAAGGUAUCCUGGAGAAAAACUUGAGCGAAA